AUGGUAAAUAUAGAGCUGCCAUAUAAUUCAUAUGAUGAGUUUAUAAGAGACAUCUCUUAUAAAGUAGUCGUCAUUCGGGGUACUAAAGAGCACGAUGAUAUUAACUCGGAUGAUCCCCUACUAUUACCACUUAAAGAUCAAAUGGUGAACUACUGGAAAUUACCUAUUGGAUUAAUCGAGGCAUUUAAUGAGGUAUGCACUAAUAAUGUGGCAUUUUAUACAUACGAGAUUGAUCUCAGAAGCUUGAAAAUCUUAAGUCCCUGUCCCGUUGCAGGGUUGACUGUACCACGAAUCACUCAAGUCUCGCUUGGUUUAUCAAAAUACAGCCCCUACACAAAAAUGCUUAAUUACUACAUUCUUAAUCUACGAGAUAAAGGAAUAAUCAAUAGGCUUAAAGAAUAUAUCUUCUUUCAAUAUGAUCCAGAAAUUAAAUCCAAAGCGAAUCAAAUAAGUAUUUUAGAAGUUAUACCAAUUUUAUUUAUUUGGGGACUGGGAAUAUUAAUAAAUGGCUUACCAAAUCUUACAUUAUGA